GGCUGAGGGGAGCGAGCGCAGCUUCCCCGCCUUGGGGGGGCGAGGAGACUAGGCAGGAAAUGCAGCAUGGGCAACGUGUUAGGCGUAAGGAAACAGCAUACACAGCUCAGGCAGAGAAGAAGACAGGCCCUGGUACUUCUACAGAUGCUCACGCCAGAGCCUUGUUGGUUUGCAAUGGACCCUUAGAACAUUAUGACUUUCUGAUUAAGCAAGAAGAGCUGAAGAACGAUGAGCAACAAAGAAGAGUUGUGCAGCACCUGCAGAAGUUGCAUGAGAGCCUUAAAGGCUACAGCAUUGAUUCAAAAAAUCUUUUCUCAAAGCUCCUUGCCAAAAACAAACCCCCAAAAGGUGUUUAUGUCUAUGGAGAUGUUGGCACAGGAAAGACAAUGGUGAUGGACAUGUUCUAUUCUCACUUAGAAGUAGAAAGAAAAAAGAGAGUCCAUUUUCAUGGUUUCAUGUUGGAUGUACACCAGAGAAUACAUCGCCUUAAGCAGAGCUUGCCAAAGAGAAAGGCGGGAUUUAUGGCCAAAUCAUAUGACCCAAUUGCACCGGUGGCAGAGGAAAUAAGCAAAGAGGCUGCUCUCUUAUGUUUUGAUGAAUUUCAGGUCACUGACAUUGCUGAUGCCAUGAUUCUGAAGCAGCUUUUUGAAAAUCUCUUCCAAAAUGGGGUUGUCGUUGUGGCAACAUCUAACAGGCCGCCAGAAGAUCUCUAUAAAAAUGGUCUUCAGAGAGCUAAUUUUGUACCAUUCAUUGCUGUGCUGAAGAAAUACUGCAACACAGUCCAGCUUGAUUCUGGAAUAGACUACAGGAAACGAGUGCUUCCAGCUGCUGGAAAACUUUACUACCUCACAAGUGAAGCUGAUGUGGAGGCUGUCAUGGAUAAGUUGUUUGAUGAGCUGGCUCAGAAACAAAAUGAUUUAACUAGACCAAGGAUUCUAAAAGUGCAAGGCAGAGAGCUGAGGCUGAAUAAAGCGUGUGGAACCAUUGCAGACUUCACGUUUGAAGAGCUAUGCGACAGAGUCCUAAGGGAGUCGAGAGAUCCAGUCUUCCCCACAGUGCUGCCUUUUAGUCUUCCCCUCGCUUGUGCGCAGCAGCUGCUGCCCUCUGCCGGGAACGCUGGCUGCCUUCUGCGCCCAAACACGUUUGUUGACCACGGUUUUGAAAUCUUAACACCUCUUGGAGCCAGUGACUAUUUGGAAAUAUCAAAGCAUUUUGACACAGUGUUCAUUCGUGACAUACCACUUCUUACAAUAGCAAAAAGGACACAAGCUCGUCGUUUCAUUACUCUUAUUGAUACCUUUUAUGAGCAUAAGGUGCGUAUUAUCUGUUCUGCAGUGACUCCUCUUGAAAGCUUGUUCCUGGUGGAACACAGCAGUGGUGAGCAAGAGGACAACAGAGUGUUGAUGGAUGAUUUGCACUUGAGCCAGGAUUCUGCCAAAGGACUCUCCAUGUUUACAGGAGAAGAGGAAGUCUUUGCCUUUCAGCGUACUCUGUCGCGACUUACGGAGAUGCAAACUGAACAGUACUGGAAAGAUGGGGACAGAAGCAAAAAAACAUAAUUAAAAGUUGAAUGAAAUCACCAAGAAGUAAAAGUACAGCACUGGAAAGCUUUUUAGCACAACUGAAAUAAUAAUUGCACUUUAUCAUCUGGA